UGAAAAGAAGGUAAUAUUAAUGAGCAAGUAAAGUGAGGUCUAAGAUUCAAGUCAACGGUUUUGCAUUUGACUUUAUGUUUAUAUUGUAAUAGAACUACAAUGGUCUUCGCUAUUCAUGUAAUUCCAUUACAUGGUGUUGGGCGUCGUUCUCAUGAGAAAGAGUUUAUUAAUUGACAAGAUUAGCCUUCAAAUUAUCGUUUGUAUUUAUGUGGACCACGAUUCAGGAGCUAGAGAUGCUCUAAGUCGAUUACUUAAGUUAGGGUCCCUGUCUCAACGCGAUCGUAUUAUCUUCCCUAUGCUAGCCGAUUACGAGCCUACUAUUCGCAAGCUAGGCAGAAAUCAAGAACCCAUCUACGACACAGUAGCUCCCGAUAACUUAGCAAAAAUCCCAAUUCCAGAAAAUAAUAUGGCAGGGAAUGAUAAAAGACCCUUUGCGAAACCCGAAAGCUAUGGGGGUACAAAGAGUGAAGACUUCAACGAGUGGUUGAAAACCUUCAAUAGGGCAGCAAAAAUAAAUAAGUGGGAUGAGGAUGAUAAAAUCUUGUAUUUACCCCUCUACCUCAAGAAAACAGCAUUGGCAAUUUUCGACAUAUUUCCGGAUAAAAAUGAAAACGCGACAUUUCUUGAUGCAGUAGGCCACUUAAAAAGUAAACUUGUAGACCCUGUUCAUGAAGAGACAACCAGACAAAAACUCGAAAACAGAAACAAAUUACCAACAGAAACAUACACAGAAUACACAGCAGAUAUAAUAAAACUUUGUCACAUUCUUGAGCCUCAAAUGUCAGAGAAAAGAAUAGUAGGAUAUGUUUUGAGAGGCUUAGACGUAGGAGCAUUGCACAUGUUGCUUUCAUGGACAAUGCAUCAGUUGAAGAUUUAGAGAAAAAUCUCGCCA